AUGACGAACGCCAAGUUGAUAGACGCAGGAUGCUUCAUCACCCAGAUGAAUGAGUUGCUGCUAAUAGAUCCCCUAUACAUAAAUUGUACCAUGACGAACUACUGCAAUAGCUACAUAAGUGGGCAGGAGCAACUUCUGCCGACGGAAAAGCUAAAUGGGAUUUAUUUUAAAAACGCAAAGCCUGGGUUAUGGUCCUCCUUUGCUAUUCGUGAGAACAACCAGGCGUUUUUGAAGAAGAUGGUCAAUCAAGAAACCGAAACGGACAUACCAAAUAGGAACGACAAAAACUCAUACAAUAAUAUAAGAAACGAAAUUGUCCUCUCAUUCAUAUGUUUUAAUAACACAGAAUACAUGCACGAAUAUUUAACUGUGGAAAAGGUGGAUAUGUUAAAAUGGGAAAGGUUGGAGCCAAAUGAAACUUUGCUAGGGGGUGGUGAAACAGGCAAGUGUAAUAGCAGUGUACAUACCGACUUCAAAAAUGACAAGGCAGCGAAUUUUUAUACUAGUAACAGUGAACUUUUGCCACUGGAAAAUUAUUUUACAAAUGUUUUAACUAUUGAAAGUGGACAGGUUGGGUUAUUUUGCAUGGACUCCAUAAAGAAUAGCGCUGACCUUCUGUUUAAAAAGCAUGGAAUGAAAAAUAUUAGCAGUAGGGAACAGCUGGACAAUUUAUUUAACCAAAAUAUGAAUAAUCUUUAUCCUUGGUUCGAUAAAAUUUGUAAUUUAACCAUGUCGUCCUCUGUCGCUGUGAUUGAUUUUAUUGACAUGCCCAUUGGCUGUGUUUGUCUGUCGAGUUCAGACUGCGUCGUUAAUUAUUUGUGCGAAGUGGUACGUGAUGAAGUCACCGACGAGGUGUGGGCCAUUCGAGUUAACUUCCUGUCUCCCCUGAAAUGA